AUGGGGUCGACGCAGUUCGGGAACUUUCAGAACUUCUGUCGCGACUCAACGUUACCAAUCUGCAACAUUUUCCCUGGGUUCAGUUAUGAAGAUCCGGGUGGCUUCAAAGGCGGAUGUGAGCUAUUGGGAAUACCGUUAAGCCAUGGAAGGCACCUUGGCAAUCUGGGUUCAAUCAUGCUCUGCGGUAUAGCAAUUGCAGUCACAGCCUUCUUGUUAUGGCGAUCAGAACGCAAGCAAGCUGCCGUGGGCAGAAGAGAGAUGCAAGUUUUCCUCGUGGGAUAUAUAUUAAUUGAGAUCUGCGAGAUCUUUACAGUCGGAAAAUUUCCGCUGAGUAGUAAAGUGCGAAUAGCCUUCACUGGAAUCCACCUGGGCUUGAUAAUUGCAACGUUAUGGAUCCUUAUGUUGAAUGCUGUCGUGGGAUACCAAUUACUCGAUGAUGGAACGCCCAUGUCGAUCGGACUUAUGGUCGGUUCUGCUGCAGUACUCUUCAUUGGAACCGGCUAUAUCACUCUCGACACUGGUUACAGCUGGACGGGACAUUUCAAAUCCAGUCUAUCCGGCAACAACAGAAACAUAGCGCUCUAUGUUCUCUACCAACUCGCCCCUCUGGUCUUCCUAUUCGCCUUCUUCGUUCUGGAAACGGUGUUAGUUAUUCGAGUGCUUGGCGAGCGCAAACCUAUGAUCUACUUGGUUUCUGCCGCUUUACUCUUCGCACUUGGCCAGAUCUUCAACUACGUGGUCAGCGUCCAUAUUUGCAAUGGCACCCAUGGCAAAAUCGACGGAGCACUCUUUGAAACUCUCUUCACCCUACUUUCCGUGGUCAUGAUCUGGGUUUUCUGGUCCAGCAUUACGGAAGACGACUGGCCAAUGCCUGUCUCGAAUACAUAUUCGUGA